GCGGCCGAAGCGCCGAAGGCGGGAAAGUAGAAACCGUUUAGCUAGUACUGUAACUUGUUAAAGGUGACCGUUGGCUCUUAAGCUAACUAUGGAGCGAAAAAUCCGCAAGCUUCUGGCCGACGCGUCGGAAACCAAAGACCCUCGAGCUCUGGAGUCCGCCUUUGCUCUGAUGAAGAGCUCAGCAGCAGCAAGAGCUUGCCGCAGCUUGCCGGACAUGUACGUCGUUUGUGCAGAAACAGCUCUCCAGCUGGGGUGUGUGGAGACGGGUGCAGCGUGUCUGAAGAUGUACUUUGAGGGGAAUCCACCGGAGAAUCUACUGACAUGCCGAGCCCUUCUCGCCCAAGGCCAGCUGAAGGGAGACUUUAAAGAGGCUGCGGUGUGUUUUCUAAAAGCAGUGGAAAUUUCAAAGAAGGAACCAAGGUAUCAUUUCAUGGUGUUCAACGCCUCAGUGCUGUACUUGAAGGCAGCACAUCCUCUCCUGCAUCCAAACAAGUGCUUCCAUGUGGUCCCAUCCUUAAAGCAGAUGGUGCAAAGUCUGGAGGAGGUGGCUGAGCAGGACUACAGCUGGAGAGCUGAGCUCAUCAUGCACUUGGUCCGAUGCCUUGUAGACUCUGGACAGCUGGAGGAGGCUGCAAGUUAUGCCAAAAUUAAAGAAGACUUCUUCAAGACACAUACUCCACAAAAGUACCCAGAACUCUACAAAUUAAUGAUAAAACACCAGCUGUUGGACGACGAUCUCCUCCUUAAAGCCAGCUGCCAGAACACAAUGUUAGCAGUCAUUUACAAAAUGGAGAAGCUAAAAAUGUGUAGCAGCUGGUUAGAGAAUGGCAACUUGCUGACAGAAGAUCUGCAGAAGCUUGAGGAGAUUUUCUAUCUACUGAUGGAAUGUCGCCAAACUACAACUACACCUGUGAAAGAUAUCAACCCCCAGAUCCCAACACCCCUGCUGCCCUCUCAAAGAGUUACCUUACUUCUGGAUUUGGCUGCUCUGUCCUUGCAUGUGAAGCAUCAGAAAGUAGCCGCUGACUGUUUGAGAGAGCUUAAGUCGGCAGGAGAGGCUAACAUGGAGCAGAGCAUAAUAAUGGAAUGUUUCAGCUGUGAAAUUAACCUUCUGGAGAAAGGAGUGAAGAUAAAUGACGACACCAGAGCCAGCAUAGAGGCCUGCCUGAAGGAGGUGAAAAAGCUGGAUCGGUUGUUGCAGACUGCAGUGAAGAAGUCGAGUCCUUGGGCUGUGCAGGUAGUGUGUAACACCCAGUGGAGAUGCUGCCAGCCCCUCCUGAAGCCCAAAUUCAGGAAAUUCGUCAAAAACUCUCUGCUCAACAUGGCCCGAGCUCUGGAACAGAUCCAAAGUAAACUGCUGGAAAUGCGCUGUCAGAUCCACUCAGAGAUGGCAAUAAUUGAAGAGGAGGAAGGGAGUCUGGAGGCUUCUUUGGCUCACCUUCAGAAAGCCAUGCUGCUGGAUGACGGGACACAAGAAGAACACCUAUCAUCCGCUCUCCAGCUCCUGCGGCUCCGAUUGGCCCCCUCCAAAACACUUACCAGGCCUGAGGACAAGGCUGCUUUGCUUAUGCUGCAGGCCAAGGAGAGGCGGCCCCAGAGCACAACAGGCAGUCGUCUUACUCUCGUGUCUGCUGGGCUCCUUUUGGCCCCUGGGGAUUUUCAGACAGUGCUGGAGGCAGACAACACCUCCAAAAGAAACCUUUUACCUGGGCUGGCAGCUCAACUAGCAGCAAAAGCUCAGCAUCACUCCACAAGUGUUCAGAAGGCGGGAGGUCACUUGGCUCGACAGAGCAAGGACAUCGACGGAGCAGAGAGAUUGAAGUUAUGGGCAAGAUUAGCUAAAACAGCCAGACAGCAGGAAGUGUGGGACGUGUGCAGAGCUGCAUGUCGAUUCUGUUUACUCUACGAUGACGGCAGAUGGACGGUGUCCGAGACUAAGAUGUGUAAAGGUUCAAAGAAGAGAGGCGCUCCAGGUUGUCCUGACGGCUGCUGUGGAAGACAAGGCCAUGUGUACACGAUGCGCCUUCUGGCUGAAGUCUACUUUGUGGAUGCUGAGGCUACCAUCCAGCUGCUGCUGGCAGAAGGAGUGAAGCUUAACAGUCCAGCCGUCCCACCGCAGGAUCCGUCGGUGGGUUUCACUGAGGAGGAUCCACACUGGGUUAUUUACAGAGACUGGAUCCAGGCUCAGUCCGACCGGGCGACCUCAUCCUUCCUGAGGGCUGGAGAGCUCGGAGCACAGAUCCAGGAUCAGGAUGUGAUAACGAACACUGCAGUUUACCUGUGGAACUACAAUCUCCACCUGAUGGAAGCUGGAGAAUUCCAGUGUCUGCUUCCCACUUUCCAGAGAUUAGUGGAAAUGCUCCAAGCAACAAAAGACUACGGGAAUCCCGCUUUGUGUAUGUCGUUGUGUAAUGCCGUGGCUCGGGGACUGGUUCAGCAGCUCUCUGAAAGAGGUGGUCCUGAUCUCGCUUCAGCUGAAGCCCAGGGUAUAGACGAAGCUGAGAUGGGGAUGGAGAUGUCUGCUAGCAUCCACGAAGCUUCCCUAAACUGUGCUGCCUUACAAGAUGCUGAAAAGGCUUUAAAGAUGUGUGAGUUGGCCGUGAACAUCUUCAGUAGCAGGACGACUGGAGACACGGUUCCAGCUGCAGCUCUGGAGCCAGUCAUGACCACCUGGGUGGAGAUAAAGAGACUAUUGCAUCAGCCCAUUGAUUCACACAUGGACUGGCUCAAAAGAAAGUGUAAAAACCCUGAAGUGCUUGUGAUGGUGCAAGUUCUGGUGGAGACGCUUCAGUCCAGCAUGAACCCAAAACAUCUGGAGUCUGCGGGUCCCAGAGUCUCAGCUCUGGUGAGAACGGCGUCUGAAUGCCGCUGGUCCGACGCCGUGGUGGAGUUACAGGUGUGGUGCCGGCUGGCUGCCCUCUGCUACAAAAUCGCGGACCACAGCCUGGUGUUGUGCUGCACCCAGAAGGCUUUGCAGCUGGAGGAAGCAGCACUAAAGAGCCUCAACACCACACCCUGCCUUCUGUUUGACCCGGCUGCAGUGAACGAGAUGCUGAGCACAGCCGCUAGUUUGAGAGGUCUGAGUUUAGUCUGCGAGUCCAGUGGAGACCCUAGCAUCUACAGAGAAGCUCUGAAGGUGCUGCGGUCUGGUGUCAGCUUUGCAGAGAAAGCUGGCAAUCUAGACUCGUGUGUCACAGCUGCUGGGCACUUCUGGAACAGCUGUUUGCCUCUGGCAAAGAACCCUGAGGAGAGACGGCAGCUCAAAGAGCCGCUGGAGGGCAUCCUCACCGCCCUGGCCCAUACCACCAGACAUGGAAAUAUGCAGAACAAGGUGAGAGGAUCAGUGGCCCCAGGAGCAAAGCCUAAUGGGAAAUAUCAACAUGAUGAUGACCCGGCCCUAGCACUGAGAGCAGCCAUGUAUGAAUUGUUGGUCAGCAUCCACACUGAGGAAGCAGACUAUGGAGGUGCCCUGCAGUUGUUGAACAGAGCCAUUACAGACAUGCCCCACACCAGACAUCAGCUGCCUCUACUCAAAGAUCGCAUAUUUUUGAAAGCACGACUGGGAGAAAGCAUAGAGCUGGACAUGGAGACAUUAAAAGGUGAAGGAGAAGAGUGCUGUUCGUCAGUGUGGCGCCAGAUAGUUCUGUUGACCAAAGACACCAACCAACAGCUGACCUGCUACCAGAGAGCCAUCAGUUCUCUCACGAGCACGGAGACUUGGUGGUGUAAAGCCGAUAUUUUGCUAGAAUUUGGGCGAUGGCUGUACUUUCACAACUUCCCCAGAGAAGAAGCCCAGCAGCAGAUACAGUGUGCUGUGGACAUCCUUCUAACCCAGGAACCUGCAGAAGCAGCAGACUCAGGAAGUGUGGCCGAAACGAGUUUAACCACAGAAAAACAUGCGUCUUUGCUAGGAGGUCACGGCUCUUUCACACGGAGUGUGUCUGGUCUGAAGGAGGUGUGUCGCCUCAACCUCUUGGUCCAAGCCCACGUUCUCCUCGCUGUUAAUUCAGACAAGUCCUCACAGGAGCAUCAGCUCAACCUGCUCAGGGCACACACCUUCAUCCUCCAAAUAUGGCAGGUCUUGACCUCAGCGGCUUGUCCCGUUUCUGAUGAGAUGGCAAAGAGUCGGCCACCUCAGACUCCUGUUUCUGAUACAAGAUCCAAGAAGAAGAAAGUGAAAAAUUUGACCCCUGCAGAAGAUAAAGCUGCUGUGUUGGAUCAGACUUUUCCUUCCACCGUAAAGGACUGGACUCAGUAUGUCUGCCCCGACCCAGUCAGGCAGGCAUUCAGAACCAGCAACAGCAUCAGCAAGCAGACUCAAAGCCUGUUUUAUUUGACCCUGCUGGAGGAAGAGCUGCUCGCUCUCUCACUCCACCAUCUGACCUUACCCGUACUGCACCUGGCUGAGACCAUCGCUCACGACAUUCUGGAGAGAAGGAGCCUCUCAGAUAUUUACAGACUCAAGAUUGUGAGGACGUGUCUUCAGCUGGGGUUGGACUCAUCUUCACCCUACAAGGAGAAGCUUCUGGAUCUGAGCAGAAUCCAAGAAGAAGAACAAAUGCACUUCAGAGCCCAACUUCUCUUGAGAGAGACGUGGAGCAGCCUUUACAAAGGUUUGAACAUGAACGCUGAUCUAAGGAAAGAUGCGUGUGUUUGGGGUCACUGGGUGGAGAAGGCGGAGCUUUGUCUCAGCUUGGGCCUGCAUCAGUCAGCCUGUCAGCAUCUAGCUGAGGCCCUGCAGGCGGCAUUAGAAUUCGGAGACACGGUCACUGCAUCUAGAAGUUUGCUAGGCCUUGCAGCUCUGGCCUGCAAGGGGCAGAACCACCAGCUGGCUCUCAACCUGUUGGAUGAAGCUCAGUCCCACGGUGGGAACGCUCAAUUCUGGUAUCGCCUCACCCUCAUGAGGGUCUCAGCAACAGUGGGCUGUAUAGACCACGAUUCCCAGACCAAGGUGGAUGCUAUUAUAAAAGGAUGCCGUGAGGCUUUGGAGACUUAUCUGGUUGGAGGGCAGGGAGAUAACAGAAUCCAAGAUCUGGAGUUCAUGAUCACCUCAUUAAAUAAAAGAGGUGCUGUGGAAGACAUCCGUGCCGUCAGAGCUAAAGCUGCAGAGACGCUGGGCGCUGACGCGGUCCAGAGGCUAACUGCUGCCUGUCAAACACUUGAAGAGUCAGCCGGUGGUUUCACCAAACUCAGCCUCCACAGCCAGGCAGCAGAGGCACAUCAGGAGUGUUCCCAUGGCCUCGGGCUUCUAGCCUCCUGUUUUACUCACCAAGAGCAGAAACGCCGUUUCCUGCUCCAAGGCUUUUCCCACAUGCAGCUAGCAGUCACGCUGCAGGAGCGCGUGGCGUCAGAAGCUCGGAGGCUGCUCCCUCUCGAGGAGGGUCACGACCUUUCGCUGCCAGCUGAUAGGAGGCUUCAGCACCUGCGGUUGUGCCUGGCAGAGUUUUCUCUGGACAUGCUGGAGGAGCAUUGUGAAGAGGAGAUGUGCCAAGCUUUGGCUCGUGCGAAGAUAACCCCUGCUGAAGUGGCACUGCAGGAGUUUACUCGCAGCACACCUGAGCCCAACUCCACAGAGCAGGAAUGGGUGAGAGCUGUCAGAACCUCGGAGCAGGUGGCUCAGAGCCAGCUGGCCGCAGUCAGCGUUCAGCCGUCGGACAACGUGGAGAUCACGGCUCGCUGCCUGAGCCUGAUGGGAAAGCUCCAGAGACUGCUGGCGGUGCAGGAGGAGCCCACGUGUGUGAAGGCCCUCUGGGACAGAAGAAAGCCGCAAUCCUGUUCGGGUUCUGGUGGCUUUCCCACAGCAGAGCAGAAUUCCGAGAAAGCCAGCGAUUCAAGCGAAGAUAAACCGAGUUUGGCCUCUGCUACAAGUGCUUUUCUGCAGACUCAUGAGCAGUUCAAGUCUUCUUCCAAAGACGAUGCUAAAAGUCCACGCUGAACGCGUGUCUGGACCCCGUUUGGGAUGCAGCCAAGAGAUGUUUUCUGGUUUGGUGUUUUUGUCAUUUGGAGUGAAUUUGCAUGAUUUUGUUCACGUAAACGAUUUUAUUUUAAGAAAGAUUCAUGUUUAGUUUGAGGUUAAUAAAAGUUCUUGGUAUUCAAGUUCAGGAGAAUUUUGUUUACAGUUUGUAAUUUAAAGUUUGUCUCAGAGAGAUUGUCUGAGUGCUGCGACAGCAAACAAACAUUUCAGAGAAAAGUCGUUUUGUUAAUAAAAGACUUGGUUUUACUGUU